GGCUGGAUUCAUGUAGGCUACUGCUCUUUAACUGUUCAAGUGAUGGCACCAGGGUGCACUGUGAAAAAAAGACAAGCCAGUGGAGCAUGCCCUUUGGCAAUGUUCCACUGGGAAAUCCUGAGUUCGGCAUCUGUGGAUGCCGUGUGUGGGGAGAUGGAGAUCCAAAGCUACAUGUCUAAGCUGCUCUGUGAACUAAACGAACAGCGCAAGCGGAACUUCUUCUGUGACUGCAGUGUCAUAGUGGAGGGUCAAGUCUUCAAGGCACACAGGAACAUACUGUUUGCAGGGAGCGGCUACUUCCGUGCACUACUGGUCCACUAUCUGCAGGACGGUGGGCAGCAACACAGCACAGCCUCACUGGAUAUCGUCACGGCAACAGCCUUCUCGCUAAUCUUGGACUUCCUGUACUCGGGCCAACUGGAUUUGUGCAGUGGCAACGUCAUUGAGGUGAUGUCAGCUGCCAGCUAUCUUCAGAUGACUGAUGUGGUGAACUUCUGCAAGAACUACAUCCACACCUCACUUGAGAUCUGCACCCGGGGCAAGGAGCAGGACAUGCAGACAAGGGGAGAGACGGACAAGGAGGCGCAGGGGCCUGCAGAGAGGAGGACACCCGCUGAGGGCUCUAGCGUAACUGUGUCUCCCACCUCUCAAGAUGGAAGGACUCUGACACAGCCCAACACUGAUUCUCAAUGUUCUCGCAAUACUCCCUCCAACACCACCACCUCCGCUGCUUUAAGCAGCAGGAACUCAGAGGAGAGUGAGAGCUCACGGGGGGAGUUCCCUGCUGUUCACCCUGUGGGCCCCCCCCUUAAGAGGGACCCGGAGAACCCAGAGAGCUGCUCCUCGGGGAACUUGCUGUUUGGUCUGGUGCAUCCCAAGGUAGAGUAUGACCCAGAUGAGGAGACUGAGGAGUCCCCAGAAUCUAAAGAAGGAGGGCUCUAUCCCAGGUCCAAUCACUUUGACAGCCGGACACUGGAGGCAAGCCCAUCCACUAGUACUGAAGCAGCAAACGCACAGGAGUACGACAGUUAUCAGCUCAAACUGAUGCAGUACUACGGUCAAGGCCUAGGAGGCAGCGCAGCACCAGGGCGUGGAGAUGAAAGCAUGGGGCCUGGAAGCGCAGCCAGUAUGGAGAUGCACAGUGACUGGUUUGGGGAGGACACAGGGGAUGGUCUGGUGGCGUCUGUGAAACUGCACAAAUGCCCAUACUGCCCCUACACUGCCAAGCAGAGGGGCAUCCUGAAGCGCCACAUCCGCUGCCACACGGGGGAGCGCCCUUACCCCUGCCAUACAUGUGGCAAGCGCUUCACACGCCAGGAGCACCUUCGCAGUCAUGUCCUCAGCGUACAUCGGGCCUGCAGUUCACAUAUGGCAUUUCUCACAGUCUGAAAAGGUCUGGCCUGUGAAGGCUGCACCACCACACAACAGGACCCGGGUUCAUUUCUCACAGUCUGAAAAGGUCUGGCCUGUGAAGGCUGCACCACCACACAACAGGACCCGGGUUCAUUUCUCACAGUCUGAAAAGGUCUGGCCUGUGAAGGCUGCACCACCACACAACAGGACCCGGGUUCCACCAAUCCCAGCAGCCAGUCAGAGGGCUCGGAUCGUCGGCUAGUCUUUAUGGAUGAUGCCAAGGAGGCAGAAGGGGGAACGGAUGAGAACCUCCCCCCCCACCACCAUUACAUCCAUUAGGAUGGAGAUAACCCAUAAUAAGACACAGACACAAGAGUCAAUGAGAGACACUCAUCUGAUCAACUCAAGUUUAACAUCAUCAUUUAGAACAUUGUCACCCAUUAGACUAUCUGCUUAGUCAAGUGACAGACCAAUCACUCUGGCCCAUCAUGUCCUGUGAACAGAUCUCAAAGCAAAGUGUCCCUUGGAAAGGGGUCUGUGUAAGAUGAGGUUCAUUAUUCUUGGUUGAACAGUAUAUUUAGGGAGCAGUAUAGUUUUGAAAACACUGCAUUGUAUGUUUCACAAAGAAAUGACGUAUUGCACCUUUUGUAUAUUUGUACAGAAAAAGCCGAAGCUACCUCAAUCCUGUAUAGAGAUAUAAAGACUAUGUACAGUAUGUUCCAUUCAUGUGUCAUUUGCCUAAGAUCACUGAGACCAAAGAUGUGCAAAGCAAGCGUGUAAAUUGUAGUUGGAUCUGGUGAUCUCUGUUUUCUUCUUUCAUUCAGUUGCAUCAGUAUUCAUCACUGGAUGGAUGAUGCCAUUCCAUCUUUUCAAUUAUAAGCAGUACAUUUAAUGACA